AUGCUGCAGGGACCCGCCAGCCCCGCUGACAUCAGCCGUGACUUCAUCCGGGGAGGGCGAGUUCCCAGCAACUCAGAGAGGGACUUGGAUGAGACAGGGGACAAAGGGGAGGAAGGAGAGAUGAGGACCAGCCCUCGCUCGCCGGGUUUUGCUGCGGGGAAGGUGUUUGUGCCCCGCUGGCUGUGCUCACACCUCUGCUUAACUUCUUCAUCUUCGUUUGACUCUGAAAAGGUUGAGUUUCUGGCAGAUUCUGGGAGGGGAGAUGACGUGACCCGGUCCAGCAGCGGCCCCGGGCUGGGAGGAGCAGCCUUGAAGCACCUAAAGGAGCCCCAGCCAGAGCAGGGCUCCCCCCAGGAGCAGGACUCCAGCGUGACCCCAGCGUGUGAUGAUGGUGAGGAGGAAGAGCCCGUGGUCCGGGGGGCUCCCAGCACAGCACGGCUGGAAGCACGUCCUGGCUGGCUCCUGGUGUGCCACGGGCACUGGGGUCCCUCCCUGGGCACCCUGCUCUGCCAGCAGCUCGGCUACCUCAGCAUGAGCCAGCAGAAGGCAGUGAGCCUGAGGGAUGUCCAGGUGAGUGCCAGGCAGCAGUUCCUGCAGGUGAGACCGCGGCAGGAAGGCAGCCUGGAGGACAUGUGGCAGGUCAGGAGCAGCUGCCGGUCCGGUCGCAUCGUGGCUCUGCAGUGCUCAGAGUGCGGGCUGCAGGCAGGGACCGUGAGGGUGGUGGGGGGCACAGACGUGGCCCCCGGCCGCUGGCCCUGGCAGGUCAGUGUGUGCCAGGGCUCCCAGCACCGCUGUGGGGGCUCCGUGCUGGCCCCCGAGUGGAUCCUGACGGCAGCUCACUGCGUGCACAGGGCAGCCCCGGUGCCGCCCGGCUGCAGGCAGCCGCCAGCCCCGGCCUGGCGGGUUUUUGCGGGGAUUGUCACGCACGGCUCCCGGCAGCCGGGGGCGGGGGUGCCGCUCCGGGACAUCAUCCCCCACCCGCUCUACAACGGCAGCAGCCUGGACUACGACAUCGCCCUGCUGCGGCUGCAGGUGCCCCUCAACUUCUCAGGUGCCAUCCGAGCCGUGUGCCUGCCGCCCGCGCCGCGGGACCUGCUGCAGGGCACGCAGUGCUGGGUGUCGGGCUGGGGCUACACCGCACCUGGCCAAGCACAGGUGGCCGGGACGCUGAAGGAGGCGCUGGUGCCCCUGAUCGGCACCCGGAGGUGCAACAGCUCCUGCGUGUACAAGGGUGAGCUCACGGCCAGGAUGCUGUGUGCAGGACACCUGCGGGGACACGUGGACGCCUGCCAGGGGGACAGCGGGGGCCCUCUGGUGUGCUGGGAUGGAGCCACGUGGCGCCUGGUGGGAAUUGUGAGCUGGGGCCAGGGCUGUGCUGAGCCCAACCACCCCGGGGUUUACACCAACGUGGCUCAGCUGCUGCCCUGGAUCCACCAGGUGACCCAGAUCCACUAGAAAUCGGGACAGGACAGACUCCACACAGCAACACUGCCCUUCCCACAAGUGAAGAACAGCCCAGCACUGGCUCCUC